AUGGAGGGUGUCACCAGCGGCGGCGGCGUCCGGGUCGUCUCGCGGCGCACGGUGCGGCCGUCGACGCCGCCGCUGAAGGAGGAGGUCGAGGUGAUCCACCUCACGCCAUUGGACCUACGCCUGAUCCGCACCGACUCCCUCCAGAAGGGCGUCCUCAUGCCCAAGCCUCCGGUCUCCGGCGCCAGCCUCGUCAACGCCCUCGAGCCCUCGUUCGCGCGCGCCCUGCGCCUGUUCUACCCGUUCGCCGGCCGCCUCGCCGCCGAGGAGCGCGGCGACGGCACCUUGACGGUGUCCUUGCGGUGCACCGGCGAGGGCGCCGAGUUCGUGCACGCCACGGCUCCCGGCGUCGCCGCCGCGGACAUCGUCUCCUCGGUCUACACGCCGUCGGUGGUCCGCGAUGAGCUCCACUCGUUCGACCCGGCUCUCGGCGCCGACGCCGCCGUCGAGGCACUACCCUUGGUGUCCGUGCAGGUCACCGAGCUCGCCGACAGCGUCUUCAUCGGCAUGACCUUGAACCACUCCGUCGCGGACGGCGCCGCGCUCUGGCACUUCUCCACGCCGGCGCCGGUGCUCCAGCGGUGGUUCGUCGAGACCUGGCCCGUGUCGAUCCCUCUGCCGUUCGGCAAGCUGGAGGACAUCGCACGGCAGGUCAAGCGGACGACGGUGCGGGAAGCCUUCUUCACCUUCUCCACCGCGAGCGUCACCGAGCUCACGGCGAGGGCGAACGGCGAGAUCGCUGGCACGGCCGCCACCGCCGCCGCCGCCAUCUCGUCGCUCCAGGCGGUCCUGGCGCAACUCUGGCGAGCCGUGUGCCGCGCGCGGCGCAUGCCGCCGGAGCAGGGCACGUCCUACUCCGUCCUCAUCGAUUGCCGGGGGCGCGGAAAGGGCAUACCGCCGGGGUACGUCGGCAACGCCGCGGCGUUCGGCAAGGCGGAGGCCACCGUCGGCGAGAUCGAGGGCAGGGGGCUCGGCUGGACGGCGUGGCUGCCGAACCGCGCCGAGGCCUCGUUCGACGAGGCGAGCGUGAGGGAGUCGGCGGCGCGGUGGGUCCAGCAGCCGGAGCUCAUGUUCAUCACCGACCUGACCUCCGCCGCCACGGCGUUGGCGACCGGAAGCUUGCCGUGGUCCGACGUGUUCGGGAACGACUUCGGGUGGGGGAAGCCGGUGACCAUGCGGAGCGGCGCGGGGAACAAGACGGACGGCAAGGCGGCGGUGUUCGAGGGGCCAGAGCGGGGAGGGGGCAUGUCGCUGGAGCUGUGCUUGGCGCCGGACGCGCUGGAGAGGCUCCUCACCGACGAGGAGUUCAUGGACGCGGUGAGCUUGCCGGCGUGAGGG